AUGGCUGCCAAAUCGUCUGUAGCAGUUCAUUCGCUCGUGUCCCACCACCUCUCGGUUGGUUAUCAUCCAACGCCCAGACUGCGUAGCUCAGGUCUUGUAAUUGCACUUAACGUCUCGUUUGGCAUACCAGGCCAAAUCGCCGGAGUCUGGAUUUAUAAGCCCGAAAAAGCCACGAAAGGAUAUCCCACAGGUCACUGGGCUCUCGAAUAA